GAGAGAGAGAGAGAGAGAGAGAGAUGCCCUUCACGUUUUGAAGUAUAGCAAACAGUCCUAACUCCCAAAACCCAAAUUUUUGCUGUUGGUUUUCUUGUUUGCAUUUGCAGAUGUGAAAAAAGGGGACCCCUAAAAAAAAGCUUCUUUCUUGGGGCUUGUGGGAUUUUUCUUUUUCUUUCUCCUUUUUUUUCUGUGAAGAUUUCUGGGUUUUUUUUCUCAUCGAAUGCUGAGUUUAUUCAGAUUUCAAGAUUUGAUUUUUUUGAGUUCUUGAUCUGAGUUUUUUCUCUCUCUUGAAGAGAAAAAGGUGGGUUUUUUUUUUUUUUUUUUUUUUAAAUUUUUUUAUAUGUAUAUGAGACUUGAGUUUUGAUAUAUAUGGAGCAAACGGUAGAGAGGUCACCAAAUGUACAAAGGGGUUACCGAGUUCAAGCACCACUGGUCGAUUCUGUGUCAUGUUACUGCAAGGUAGACUCUGGUCUGAAAACAGUGGUCGGUGCAAGAAAAUUCGUACCAGGUUCCAAAAUCUGCAUCCAACCAGACAUCAACCCUAGAGCACACCGUUCCAAAAACUCCCGCCGCGAGCGAACAAGGAUCCAGCCCCCUCUCCUCCCAGGUCUCCCCGAUGACCUGGCCAUCGCCUGCCUCAUCCGGGUCCCACGCGUCGACCACAACAAGCUCCGCCUCGUCAGCAAACGCUGGUUCAAGCUCCUAGCCGGGAACUUCUUCUACUCCCUCCGCAAAUCCCUCGGCAUGGCCGAAGAAUGGGUCUAUGUGGUCAAACGAGACAAAGACAAUCGAAUCUCAUGGCACGCGUUCGACCCCACUUAUCAGCUCUGGCAGCCGCUGCCAACUGUCCCCGUCGACUACAGCUCAGCCCUCGGAUUCGGCUGUGCUGUCCUCACUACUGUUUGA